AUGAAAUGGUGCUGGUUGGAUUUUUGUUACUGUAUCUUUUCUGUUUUGUUGUCAAGUAUUAGCUUGUCGUACGGAAGACAUACAUCAAAUUGGGCUGUUCUUGUAGAUACUUCGCGGUUCUGGUUCAACUAUCGACAUAUAAGCAAUGUCCUUUCAAUUUAUCGAAGUAUCAAGCGCCUCGGAAUACCAGAUAGCCGAAUUAUUUUGAUGGUGGCUGAUGAUGCAAGUUGUAGUUCGAGAAAUCCGAGACCAGCAACAAUCUUCAACAAUCCUUACAGUCGGGUAAAUUUGUACGGCGAAGAGAUAGAGAUUGAUUAUCGUGGUUACGAAGUUACUGUAGAAAACUUCAUUCGUGUAUUAACUGGGCGUUUACCUCCUUCGACACCUACUUCUAAGCGCCUCAAUACCGACGAGCACAGUAAUAUCCUAAUAUAUAUGACAGGCCAUGGUGGUGAUGGUUUCCUUAAGUUUCAAGAUGAUCAUGAGCUUUCUAACAGUGAACUGGCCGAUGCUAUUGAACAGAUGUGGCAAAAACGUAGGUAUCAUGAAUUACUAUUCAUUGUCGAUACAUGUCAAGCUGAAUCAAUGGGCAAGUUGUUUUAUUCGCCUAAUGUAGUAGCCAUCGGUAGCAGUGCUAUAGGAGAAGAAUCAUUAUCUCUCCAUUCGGAUCGCGAAAUUGGGACCUAUGUUUCUGAUCGAUAUUCUUACUAUGCGUUUCAGUUUUUGGAGUCUGUUACUCCGUCGAGCAAAAGAACAUUGUAUGAUUUUUCCCAGUUAUGCUCUUUCUCAUUAUGUCAAUCAACUGUUAUCACUCGAUCUGAUUUAUUUAGACGUGAUAUACGUCGCGUACUUGUUACAGACUUUUUUGGUAGCGUGCGUCAUAUAAUCCCUGGACCAGUUAUAGAAAUUAACAAUUCCACUUUGUAUGAAAACAAUACAUUAAUUAAAUACUAA